AUGACGGAAACCCGACCUCUCUUGCACUUUACAAAGCUGAGAUAUUAUAAUUUGACAGAUACCAUACUGGAAGAGACAAGUGAUAGUAACGUAUCAGAUUUAUCAUAUAAAAACACGGAAGAAACAAUGACGUCAGCCUUUACUGAAAUUCCAGUUAUUGAUUUUGGCCCGUUUAUAAAUGGCACUUUGGAAGAGAAAACUCAAGUUGCAGAAGAAAUUGGCAGUGCUUGUCGUCAAGUGGGAUUUUUUUAUUUGAAAAAUUAUGGCAUUCCACCAGAAGUGACAGAAAAUGCUUUCGAUCAAGUACGACGAUAUUUUUCAUUACCCUUAGAAGAAAAAAUGGCAUCGGUUGUUGGUGAGGUAGGAACGGAGACUCGAGGCUACAGUUCGAUGUUUGAACAAAAAUUGGAUGAAAAAACAGCGGAUAGAAAAGAGUCGUUUCAUAUAGGUUUCGAGCUGUCCGCUAACGACGAAUACAGAGUCAAACAUGGACUAUUAUGCUAUGGACCGAAUAUAUGGCCAAAGAAUUUACCAGUUCUACAAUUAGCGCAUCGUGUUCUUCAAGCAUUCGCGUUGGCAUUACAUUUACCAGAAGAUUAUUUUGCCCCAUUUUUGAUAGAGAAACCAAUGGUUGAGUUCAGUGUUUAUUACUAUCCACCACAACCAAAAGUUGACGAUUCCAAUCAAAUAGGGUGCGGUGAACACACUGAUUAUGGUUGCUUUUCACUUCUAUCACAAACAAGUGUAAAUGCUUUACAAGUAAAAAAUACGAAGGGAGAAUGGAUUGAUGCCAAACCAAUUGAAAAUACAAUUGUUGUUAAUAUUGCUGAUACGAUGCAACGUUGGACAAAUGAUACAUUUGUUUCAACUGUACAUCGCGUGAUUAAUCGCAGUGAUAAAGAUCGUUAUUCACUAGCAUUCUUUUUUGGCUCCGAUUACUUUGCAAAAGUUGAGUGUUUACCAUCAUGUUGUAAUUCAGAGCGACCAGCAAAGUAUGAGUCGGUGUUAGCUGGUGAAUAUAUUGAAGGUAAAAUACAGAAAAUGUUGAUGCCACGUAACUAA